AUGAUAGAUAAUGAAAAGCCGACAGAGCCCUUGGCUACUUCAGACCUCAGUGAGGCAUCAUUGCCUAUAGGAGCGGAUUCAAUUUCAAACAUACUUCAAAGACUCGAUGAUUUGGGUCUCCAAUUAUCAGACGAUAACAUUAUCGAUUGGCUUCCAAAAAAUCAAAAUCAUCCUCGAAAUUGGCCUUUGAAACGCAAACUGGCGAAUACAGCUUGCAUUUUCUUGCUUGAUACAUUUGGGUGUGUAAUUCCCCAUUGUCAAUUAGAAACACUUGCUUUGCUAGAAUCCGGGGGUGUUUGUUUCCCCAAAAUCUUUUUUUUCACGUUAGUCGCAGCGACACGAGCAGCAACAGAAUAUGGCAUUUCACAGAACCAGUCACUCAUUGCCUUUUCUCUCAUGUACGGGAUCGGUGGAGCUUUGGGAAGCAUUAUCUUUCCACCAUAUUCAGAAGCUUUCGGAAGAAAACCGAUACUCCUAUUUGCAGCUCUUUUGCUACCGCUUAGUUGCAUGAUUACAGGACUUGUACCCUCCAUUGCAGGAGUAUACAUUGGCCGCUUUAUCAUGGGUGCGACGAUAUCGAUACCUUCAACUAUUAAUGUGGGCAGUCUGGAAGAUAUGUGGGAACCUGCGACCCAAGGCCAUGCAAUCUAUGCAUGGGUACUAUCUGCGGGACUAGGUGCUGCUCUAGGGCGAUGGGUGUAUCACAUUGGCUCUAUUGUUUCUGCCUGCAUACUUGUUGUCCUUCUCCUAGGCAUCUCCGAAACUCGCCCAAGUAAACUCCUUGGGAAUCAUCUUAUCGCUAUACAAUCAUGCGCAGGAACACUGAAACUCCGCACACAAACAGCAGAUGAUCAUGUCCCUGAUUUUCGUACCUUUUGUCAGAGUGCCAUCAUUCAGCCAGCCAAAAUAUUCUUUCAGGAGCCCAUCAUCCUCACAAUGGCAACCUUAUCUGCUAUAGCAUUUUCUCUCCUGUUUCUUUUCACCGAGUCUUUGGAUAUCGUCUUCAAACCAUACGGAUUUAGCCAGACUUCAUACUCGUUAGCAUUCAUUGCAUAUGCUAUAGGAAUGAUUUUUGGUAUUCCGGUCAGGUUGGUAGAAUCUUUUCAUCUCAAGAAGCGUGCAGAAACGAAAGAACUAGAACCAGAAGACAAAAUAAUCGGCUUUGCUACCGGAGCACCAGCAUUGGCAGCUGGCCUUUGGCUUAUGGCUUGGACAACUCCACCUUUAGUCCAUGGCAUUGACUGGGUGGUACCGAUGAUAGGAUUAGCAGGUGCUGGAUUUGCAUCGAAUGAAAUUGAGUAUGCACUUGGAAAUUACCUAGCUGAUACAUAUACUGUCUACGCAUCUUCCGCCUUCGCCGCAUAUUCAACUCUCCGAGCCCUUCUCUCUGGUAUAUUUCCUUUGUUUGCUGACCGAAUGUAUAAUGGCUUGGGUUCAAAUGUUGCCGGCUCGAUACUAGCUGGCGUUGCAACUUUAUGGCUCAUUAGCCCUUAUGUUUUUAUGAAGUACGGGAAGACCUUGAGAGAGAAGGGAAAAUUCGCAAAGUUUAGUUUGGAUACUGAUCCGAAUCCUCAGGCACUAGAUGUAUUAGGAAGGCAAGUUUGUUGA